AUGCCAGACUCUGAUGCCCUCAGUCAGGUCAAUGGGUACUCAGAAGAACCUGAUUACAUCCUGAUUACAGUCGCUGUCCAGUGUACACCGGAAACAUGUGACCGUGUCACACAGUAUGAGGUUUGUAUCCUUAAGUCCAAAUAUCUUCUUAAAGAUGUGGCUAAACUGUCACCCCCUGGGCAGACAUCACAUCUUGAAGGAUUCCAUAGCGUGAUAUGCCACUUUGCUCCCAAAUUUUACCAUUAUCAUUACAAUGGAGUGGAGGCAAUAGAAUACUGGAACAAGUUGCUGAUGUCAGCACUCCACUUCAAUGAGAAUGGUAGUCGGCACAAUGUACACACCAAGACUGGACAAGAGAAAUGGAGUGUCUUCUAUCCUAAGAGCAGAAACUGGAAAGCUGCUGCUAUACCCCUCAAGAAAAAUCCAACGUACGUUGGACCCAGCUUUCCAUGUUUGGGGAAGAAAGCAUCUCGGACUGUAACAGAUCUUCAGAUUUCUUUGAAUAUUUUGUGGUCAAGCAAUACAUUGCCUAUGAAAGAACAGCUCUUGUUGUGUCUACAGUUGUAAACAUAUUAAAGUCCUAUCUGAAGUACUGGUUCUGUAAAUGAUUUCUGUGACCAUCAGAAUACACCAUGUACACUGGACACUUGCUGGAAUAGGAACUUCUUGUCAUCAACAUGGUGUUGCAGAACAUCUUGGGACUCGACUGGCACAGUUAUUUGUUCAGGCUUGGCUUUUGGGAAUAUUUGCCAAGAAUUUUAAUAUUUUGAGAGUAAUCAUGAUCUGGUAAUAAAAUACUGAAUACAUCUAAAUAGGUUUGUUUGUUU